AUGGAGAAUCAAGAGGAAGUGCUGAGGGAGCUGAGAGGAAUCAGAGAAGAAGUAAGGAACCUGAGAGAAGAAAUAAAAGAAUGGAGGUUGGAAAGAGGAACAAAGAGAGAAUGGAAGGAAAAGCAGGAGAGUGCAGAAGAGAUAGAGAAGAGGGGAAGAGGAUUGGGGGAAGAAGGAUGCAAGAAAGAAGAAGAAGACGAAGCAGAAGGAGGAGGGUGGGAAAAACAGGAUGAGGGGAAUGAAAAGGUAGUAAAAAGAGAGAGGGAAGUAGGCAGCAAAGAGGAGGAGACAGAAGGGCAAGAAAGAAAGAAGGAAAGAAAUGAAAAGGAACUGGGACAAGAAGUGGAAAUAAAAAGAGCAACAGAAAGGGUGGGAGAAGGGGGGAGAAACAUAGUGUUAACAGAAUUAGAAGAGGAAGACCGCAAGAAGGAAAUGGUUUGGACGAAAAAUGGGAUCUGGGACAGAUGGAGGGUUGCGGUUGACGAGGAUCUGUCAAAAGAAGAGAGAAGGAUGAAGUGGAGGAUAAAAGAGAAGGCGAGAGAAGAAAGAAGAAAGGGGAACUGGGUGGAGUUCAAUAACAGAAGAAUAUGGAUAGAAGGAGAAGAAUGGAAAUGGAACGAGAGGGAAGAAAAAUGGGAAGCCAGCAGACAGACGGAUAGGAAAUAA